AUAUUCAAUAAAGCCUGUCCUCCCUCUGUUCUAUCUGUCCCUCCGUUCUGAGUCGUCAUGUUGUCCAUAGUGGUGGAACACAUCUUUCUCUUGGUCAUCGUCACUCUCAUUAGCGUCCUACAGAAUGCUUUCUUUGCAACAAAGGUAGAGAGGGAGGGUAAAGAGCACAACAACAAAACUGCUUUUGAGAGAGUGUCCUGCGCCAAUCGUAACUGUAUGGAUUCCUACCCGACCUUCCUAGCAGUGAUGUGGUGUGCUGGGCUCUGCCUUAACCAAGCUCCUGCUGCCUUCGCAGGGAUCAUCUACCUGGUGGCCAGGCAGAAGUACUUUGUCGGGUACAUGGGUCAGACAUCUCAGAGCACUCCAGGGUUCCUGUUUGGGAAACGCGUCCUGGCCUUCCUCAUCCUGAUGUGCAUUGUGGGUAUCUUCAACUUCCUGCUGGUGCGUUACCUCGGCAACGACUAUAAAGACACCAUGGAAACGAUCACCAACGCAGCCUCUGCUCUACUCCUCAUUCCCUGAACUACGGCAGUGACUAUAAAGUCUGUUUUGUGUCUGUGUUGAGGUACUACGGCAGUGACUAUAAAGUCUGUUUUGUGUCUGUGUUGAGGUACUACGGCAGUGACUAUAAAGUCUAUUUUGUGUCUAUGUUGAGGUACUACGGAAAGUGACUAUAAAGUCUGUUUUGUGUCUAUGUUGAGGUACUACUGAAAGUGACUAUAAAGUCUGUUUUGUGUCUAUGUUGAGGUACUACUGAAAGUGACUAUAAAGUCUGUUUUGUGUCUGUGUUGAGGUACUACUGAAAGUGACUAUAAAGUCUGUUUUGUGUCUGUGUUGAGGUACUACUGAAAGUGACUAUAAAGUCUGUUUUGUGUCUGUGUUGAGGUACUAUGGAAAGGGACUAUAAAGUCUGUUUUGUGUCUGUGUUGAGGUACUACUGAAAGUGCCUAUAAAGUCUGUUUUGUGUCUAGGUUGAGGUACUACUGAAAGUGACUAAAGUCUGUUUUGUGUCUGUGUGUAUUUGCACAGUGCAAGGGGAGCAAGUAUGGUGAUGUGAUGGGUGAUUCAAUGUGGUGCAAUUAUCCACUUCUGUGCUCAAUCAUUUCAUGUUUUAUAUUCUUUAUUGUCUGGGAAAUAAAAACACAACAGC